UUGUGUCCUGAAUCUGGAGUAGCAUCUCACUUUCACCAGCAUCGUUGAAAGAAGGAAAAAAAAUGCCAGUGCUAUCUCCUGAAAUCAAAUUUGAGACUUCUAAUGUCACCAGAAAUUCUCUUGACAGUCGUUUUCUCUUUGCGAGUAGUUGGAGGAAAGCAGUUUUAGCAACACACAAGAUGAGGAAAGAAUAUACCACAGCAUUUGGUCUAAAAGAGUUCAAAGAAUGUGUCAAAAUGCCAUAUUUACCAGGAUUGCAAAGUUGCCAAAAAAAUGUAAGUUCAACUCCGCUAGAGCUUCAUGAAAGACUGCUGCAUGCUGAUCAUGAGAUGCCCCCAGUCAGGAUGAAGAAGACUAAGGAGACAUGCACUGUGGUACCACUUCAGGAGAAAUGCAAAGGUUCUGGCUUCAGCGAUCCUCUCACUGGAGCAUCAUCUCAAUACUUACAGAGACUUUCCAAAAUGGCCAUAUUGGAGUAUGAUACCAUUCGUCAAGAAACAACCAGAAAAUCAAAAAAGGGCAAGAAACGAGAGCUACGAGACUGCUGAUUAAUAUCAGACGGUGUGAUCUUUCUUCACUGACUUUUAAGGUUUAUAUUUUUUUCUUUUCUUUUUUUUUGAUAUGUGAUAUGAUGUGCAAUUAUUUACAUACAAAUGGAAAUGUAAAUAGGAAAUAAAUAUUUUAUGUUACA